UCGUAAAAUAUUGCAAUGCAGGCAGUCGAGUAUAGAAACUAUAUCAUCAAAUCCACUAAAGACCUCUUGCCGGGUUUUUUACAGGCAAUGAAAAAAGAUAAGACUCCAUUAAAUCAUAUGCAUAUAAAUAUGGCGGCUCUGCUAUCAUUAGUAGCUCUUUGGACCCAAGAUUCAUCUCUAUAUCAACAGAGUUAUCUUAUCUUCAAAUCCUUCCUGCAGCAGUUUGGAAUGGAAACUUUAAAUUUAGAGAUAUAUAGAGAGCCACAUAAAGUGCGUAAUCACAGCUGUCCAUUCACAGGAUAUCCAUUCAUUAUCUGUUUUCGUAACUUGCAAAGUGUUGAAAACCUUUGGAGUCAAAUGACAAAGGAAUGGGAUCCAAAAGUAUUACGAAAAAUUAUUUCUGAUGUUGCCUUCAUAUUCUGUCGACCGAUGCAGAGAGGUGAUCAUAACCAAGCAAUGGCACGGGCUUUAGGAACUGCUCUAGCACUUUCGGCUCUCGACUUUAUGAAAAAAGAGCAAGAACCCAUUUGGAGUCAUUAUGUUGAGGAAAUAUGGGAAGAAUGGAGAACAUAUGAAGACACCUGCGAAAAUGCACCCUCUUACAAUGCGAUCUAUCUUUGGUGUUUGCUCAUGAUGCUUGAUUUGUAUCCCCAAAAACUAAAAUAUUUUACACAGAGCAAACGAGCAUAUGCCCUCUUCCAAAGAUAUAGAGACCAUAUAUCGCAGUCAUUUUGCACUAUUCCAAAAUAUGGAGAUGAUGGCGGUCCGGGUGACUUGUUCUUUCGAUCCGCAGAUGCAUGGCCUGCAAUCUUCGAGAAAGUUGCUUCCAUAUUUGAUGACGAAACAUUCCAAUGGGCAGCCCUCCAAAUGUUUAGAGGAGAGAAGGAUGGAAAGCAUCAUGCGACAAGACAACCACAAAUGUUAUUUAUGCUUGCCAUGGCUAGCAACUGGAAACCCAAAAUUUCAAAAGCCCUACCACCAUCAACUGGGAGUGCGAUUCUAUACCGAGGAAGAGACAUACCUUCUAUGCCACAAGACAUUCCAACUGCAGACAAAAUUGUAUUGACACAAAACAGAUUUUCACAAGCACCAUUUGCAAUGUUCGAAAUAUUUUCAAGAGGUCAUCACUCACACUUUCAUCCGGGAAGCCUGAUUUGGUAUGAUAAUGGACAAUAUGCAAUGUUUGCUAGCUUGGGAUACCACAAUAGUUACCAACAUCAAGCGAAUUCUCUUUUCAUCGAUACAUAUGAGCCCCAACGUUACUGGCAAGAUGCUGCUAGCAUUUAUAGCUCUUGGCAACUGUGUCAGAUUCCUUCAGUACUCUUAAAACCAGUUAUUAAUGGAGACUCUAAAUUGAGAAUAAUAGAAGCAAUAACUUAUCGCUUUGAAAAUCCGACCAAUUCACCCAUGCAUUUGCAAAUAGCAAAUGUUGGAUUAGAAGGAGGGUCAGAAUUCUUCAUCUUGGAGCAUUUCGACGAUCCACAAUAUCAUAUGAGAAACGCACAAGUGAUACAAAUGCGUCACAGUGACAAUGCUGAUGCACCAUCUCAAAAUUUUUUGGAUAUCUUGGUAUUUCCAGGAGUUUCCUUCAACAGUACUGACAAGAACUCAUCUUUAGCACCUCAAAAUAUAGUCGUCGAUACACAAAGAUUUCCAUACUUCAAAUUUUGGUGGCGAAUAGAGUCUCAUGAAAUUUCCAAUUGUUUAAAACCAUCAAAUUUCAUAAUCCGUACCUCUGAUGCCCUGUAUGAUAUAACACCGCUAAACCCCAAAUUUGUUUUACAUUUUGAUAAGCGAGCAGCGAUGGUGCUUCAAAACGCCGACGGAGAUCAAUUUACUCGCUUCCGGUUUGCGCAUUAUGGUGAGGAUUUGAAUUAUGGUAGAUUUGUUAUUCUUUUGAAAGAAGGCAUCUUGUUAGCUAUUGACAGCAUUACCAAACCUCCUGGUAAAGAACUUAAAAAAAUAGCUUCCAUCAGUUGGCACGUACUCGCUACCGAUGUGGUACAAGAUCUAGCAGUACUUCAAGGUGAAACCUCUGAAGACUAUCACAAGAGUAUGUGGGCUGAGUUCCGUGGUUUUCCACACGUCAACAACCUGAAUACGAGAACUAUCGACCCUAAUUCAUCUUUACUGUUCGUAACUCCGAGGCAAGAAGACCAAUCAGUUGCACUUGUUGAACCAUCUUUUUGGGGAGUGAGACCCAAAAGUAUUGUACUGGGACGACAACUGGAAGCCAAUGACAAUUGUUUGAAUUUUGUCAGUUUGUUUUACCCAAAGAACCUUUCACUCGAUAGCAAGAAAAUUGUUAGCCAAAUUGUAUGGAAAGAAGUUGCUUUGUCGACAAUUCGCGUAGAGUUGCAAACUUCAGUACAGUCGUUAUGUAUUUGUGUUGUUCUCAACUUUUCUACAGCUCCAGAGUGGACUGUUUCAAGGACAUGAAGAAGCCUGUGAAAAAUUCUAAUUUUCAGAUUUUAACACGACUGUUGCGUUGGGUUGUUGCAGAAUAGUUUAAGGGCGCAAGAAAACCGAAGACUGAAUCCGUUUUUGCG